AUGCGUACCUCUAUCGUUGCCGCUGCAUUCCUCGCAUCACUCGGCGUUCAAGCCAAGGGUGACAGCUCUAGCACCACUGUUGGAAUCUUCUCCCCAGAGUGGGACAACAAGCUCUGGGGUGCUACCAGCUAUGCUGCCAGCGUCGCUGGUAUCAAUGCCAAGGCCACCACAUACCAUGUCGCCUGUCUAGAUGGCGCCGCCAAAUCAGACUGCAAUAUUGCCACCCCGUGGACAAUUACCCAAGGUCCAGAGACUGUCAACCUCGCCGCACAAUAUAUCGCCACCAAAUCAGGCACAGACGGUUACGAUGUUACCAUCACCGAGACAUAUGACUGCUCUUUCAAAUCUUGGUCCGAAUCUGUCAGCUGCACCAUGAGUGUUAGUAUGGGUGGAGUUGUACGAGGGGGUACUACCGCCUCUUCAUCCACUAGCCAGGCGAGCCCUUCUAUGGCAACCAGCAGCUACUGGAGAUUGGACGUCACUGGAGCAGUGGACUCAUUCACGGCCCCCGCGGCAACCGAGACACCCGGUGUUGCGGCUGCUGGACCUGCCGGUGCAUUGAUCACAGCUGCUCCUAUGGUUGCUGCCGCAAUCGCAGCUUUGCUCUGA